GGGUUUUUAAGAUUAGGAUGCCAACGCUCCACACUCUUCACUUCUCUCAUUUUCUCGUCAGCCGCAGUGGCUAGGGUUUUCCACACAUUAACUCUCACAAAAUUUUUCUCUCUCGUUUCUCCCCAUUUCGUCUCCCACCGAACACUCUCUUCAUUCGGCUAUGGCGUCCAGCAAUCAAUAGAGCGGUCUGUACUGUUCUAGACGGUCUUUAAUUUGAUUGGCGAGGGGAGUUUUCUCGGAAGUAAUCGGAAGAGCAGAAAUGGCGACCAUGAACCCCUUCGAUCUCCUCGGAGACGACGAUAACGACGAUCCUUCGCUGCUCAUCGCUAAGGUCGAGAAGGAGAAGCCUAAGGUUCCUGCUACUCCUGCUGCGGCUCAAGCUCCGCAAGGCAAGCUUGUUAACAAGCCGCUUGCCCCUGCUCAAGCUGUGAGGGAAUCGAGAAAUGAAGGUGGCCGUGGAGGAGGGAAUCGUGGUGCUGGGCCGCGUUAUGCACGUGGUGGUCGAAGUGGUGGCGGUGGUUUCAACAGGGAGUCUAACAACUACGAGGCUGGUUAUGGUAACAGCAAGCCAUCUGAAGAUGGUGAGUCUGGGAGGACGAAUGAGAGGCGUAGCUACGGUGGUCCUCGCAUUGUUGGUGGCGGCCCUUCUUCCCGUGGACGUCGUGGUGGCUAUAGUAAUGGAGAAGCUGGUGAGGGCGAGCGCCCCAGAAGGGUGUUUGAGCGUCGCAGCGGAACUGGCCGUGGGAGCGAGAUAAAGCUGUGAAGGGUCUGGUCGUGGAAACUGGGGGACUGCUUCAGAUGAUGUUGCACCAGGUACUGAAGAACCUGUGGUUAGAGAAUGAAGCAAAUGCCACCUGCUGAGAAGCAACCUGCUGAGGGUGAGGCUGCUGAUGCCAACAAGGACAGUCCUGCAAAUGAAACUGAAGAGAAAGAGCCUGAGGAGGAUAAGGAGAUGACACUGGAGGAGUAUGAGAAGGUUCUUGAGGAGAAGAGGAAGGCUUUACUUGCUCUGAAGACCAGCGAGGAAAGGAAGGUCGAUGCUAAAGAAUUUGAGUCCAUGCAACAGCUGUCCUGCAAGAAGGAAAAUGUAGAAAUCUUUGCCAAGCUGGGUUCUGACAAGGACAAGAAAAAAGAAACUGCUGCUGAAAGGGAAGAGAGGGUAAGAAGGCUGUGAGCAUAAAUGAGUUCCUAAAGCCAGCUGAAGGCGAGAACCCCUACAGGGGUGGUGGCCGUGGCAGGGGCCGUGGGCGCGGUGAUCGUGGGGUAGAUCCAGCGGUGGAUAUGGAGGAGGCUACAACAGCCGUUGACGUGUCAGCCCCAUCUAUCGAAGACCAGGGCAGUUCCCGUCGCUGGGUGGCAAGUGAAGAUUUUUCUGCAAGAAGAGAAGUCCGGUGGAGUCGAAGGGGGUUUGGUUCGUUAUCAUCAGGAGUCACGCUCGAGAACAGAACGCAUAUUUUAAUUCAACUCUUGUCUUAGUUUAAAUUUGGGUGUAAAUUUAGAUAUGCCUGUCUUGGGUCUAUCUUCUGGCAGUGAUUCCUUUGCUGCAACUUUGGAUAAGCUUGAUACUCUUGUCAUCACUUUUCUUUUUUAUUAUCCCCCCCUUUUUGUUAUAUUUUUGGUUAAAACAGGUAAGUUUAGGGGAGUCUUGGAGUCUUAUCGUCUUUCGGAACUUGGAUGGUUAGCAUUUAGCAGCAGUUUUGUUUCGUCAAAUUUAGGGAUUUGUAGUUGUACUACUGUUGUUUUUCGGUCUUCCUCUUGCUCUACUACAUCUUCAUGUGUUUCUGAAUAUUUUGUGUUGGCACUUCUGUCUAAUCCUUGAUUGACUAAAAUCUCGAAUAACUGAGCUUAGAUGACUUAGCCUUGACUUGUAAACAGCUGACUGUCUAUCUAGGUCUCUGCCGGUGGUCUAGAUCAGCAGCUACAGCUGAUCCGGCGGCCUGAUGCUGCUGCUGCCGCUGCUGCGGGAAAUUGAGAGAUGCCCGUUGCCCAGGAGGUGUUUGUGAAAAUUCCCCGGUUACAGUUUUACAACACA